AUGCCGGCAGGAGGCACUCCGCUUCCGGCACUGGGCCCGCGUGUGGAUGACGACUUGGGACCCCUGUCACCGCUCAGCCGGGUGAGAUCAGUGCCGACGGAAUCCCCAUCCCCACCAGCCGACAGCUCAAUGCGAGCUUUCUACUCCAGGACUGCCAGAAGAGGUUUCGGAGACGCUGCUGGCAGCACUCGAGGCUUCGGCAAUACCCGGACUGGAGCUGCUGAUGGGAGUGAUGGCUACAUGGAGCAGACGGGCGGAUGGUCGGUGAGACACACACAGAGCGGGCUGCAGCGUGGGGGCGAAGGGGCUUCAAUGCGGCGGAGCAGGAGCACCUUCAAUCCCUAUGGCAGCAUGACAGGCACGAGCAGGCACGAGGGCGACUCCUAUCAGGAGAAGAUGGCAAAUCUGCCUUCCGUUGGGACGCAGUCACCUCCACGUCCGAGCACGCGUGAAGCCAUCGCGAGCUUGCGCGCAGAAGGCCUGGAUACAGCUGAGACUCAAGUCCGCAAGCUGGCCAGCCUUCCGAGCGCCAACGAAUCGGUGGAGGAGCUCUACCGAAAGCGUGGGCACGAAGAUGCAGUGCCGCCACUGCAAAGACAGAUUCAUUCGAUGCCCGACCUGCACGGUGACCCUUCCAAGACCGAGGCCUCGCAGCGAUAUAACGAUGACGUUGAUCGGUUGCUACGGCGACUGUUGGUGGAUGUCAACAUCUCGCACAAGUCUUUGCCGUCUUUGCCAGCGCAGCGUCAGAUCUGCACCCAUUUGGACAAGGUGCACACUUGGUUCGACCGCAGUCGGAGUGCUGCGAAAGACCUGAUGGAGAGCGGUGGGGCCAAGAAGCCCUCGACAGCAAACUCUCCGAUGCAGGCCGGUAUCUACCUGCCAGCCGGCAGCCCGCCUCUGCCUGGAUCAGUGAAGUGGCAACGUCCCGAGCGCAAGAAGAUCGCAAAAGCAGCCAAAGAAGACAGCAAACUGGAGCCUCGGGCGCAGUCUCCCGCGGCUCUCGAUGACAGCCUGGCAGACUGCGAAACGGGCGAUGAAGGAGAGUUGCUGGAUGCACUGAGCGACUCAUGA